GUUCGAAAAUUACCGCCUCGACAUCUAUCGGUGAUCUUCGGCAAACAUCGCAGCGCAUGCGCUUCAGCGAUGAUCUUCAGAAAUGACGACGUGCGUGUUUCUCGUGCAAGUGUGAAGAAUGUCGCGUCUCGUCGAAUCGAACGAUGCCAUGAGAAUUCCCGGCUACGAGUCGACCGACGACGAGGACGCCGAUUAUGGCAGUAAGGCUGAUUCGUCGAACGAAUUCGAGGAGUCGCUACACGCGAUGUCCGAUAUUUACGGACAAACUCCGCCCAGGACUCGUCUCAGUCGCAAGAAAAGACAUAUGAAGCAAAAGUUCUCUGGCAGUGAUCUUAAAUCGAUAGAAAAAGAAGCUCGGCCAAAGAUAACAAUUCGAAGGCGCAACACCUUGGACACUAUUAUCUUCAACGAAAUGUGCGAUAAAGCGGACAAAGAUUGCGAGAACGAGGCGAAGGAGGAUACGAAGGAGGGUAGCAGAAAGUGCAAGAGAAUUUUGAAACUAUUGCGCGGUAAUGAAAGAGAUUUGAAGCUCGAUGUAGAAGCUGCUUACAAUUAUGCCGAGAAACAUAAUGGCGACAUGGCGAAGGUGUCGACGCCGAAUCAAAUCAAGAUUGAAACUAGAAAUAGAUUUCGCUGUUUGCGAUCCAAACCGGUUGAUGUUGAAGAGAAAAAAUUGGAGCGAGAAAUCAACGAAAGAAGCGUGUUGAUAAACGAAGAGAGUUUACGUGCGCAAUCGCCGAGAACGCAAAGCUUAGAAGAGAGACGAAUAUUUCACGACACUUUUUCUUUCUUAAUUAAAUUAGGAAGUACAGAGCGAAAUUGUCGCCGUCAAAUAAGUCACGAAGAAAGUAGGUGGCAAAACGAAUUAAAAGACCUGAUAUGGCUGGAACUACAGGCGCAUCAUGCAGAUCGUAGCCCGAUGGCGCAGGAUGAAUAUUUAUGUCGUCAACGCGAAACUGUAGAGGCUCUGCUUACAGAAAUAAUGGAAUACAGAUACGAUCCUAUGGCGGAUACGCAUGAGGGAGGUUGCAUCAGUCCUAGCGACACUGCAAGCGAUCGAUCCACAAAUCCUGGUUCCAGUCUGAACAUCGAAUUAGGUGUAUGUCCGGGUUGUCUUUCCAUGUACUGCCGUGCGUGCGUGCGUGCACAGGGAGAAGCGUUACAACAAGUGGAAGGUCUAUUAGCUCGUCUGGAGGCAGCAGAAGCCUUAUAUCCAUCCUGCCAAGCAUUUGCUGUUAAUUAUCCGUUAUACAAGAGUCCAGAAUUCACCGAUAGAGUGAAAGCUAUGUGUCUUUGGUACAACAUGACGAAACACCAUCGGCUCAAGUUACAGAUAUUGGGUAGAUUGCUCAUGAUGCUGCAUGGUAAAAAGAAACAAGAGGAUUUCAACGACUCUGGCAUUAGUUCGCGAUCUUCAGAUACUGUCGAUUCUACGGAACGACAAUGCAUGGUGCGAUUUGAACUACCUCAACACGACGAAACUUCCAGUCCCUCUGAUAGCAAUAAUAGUAAUAAUUCUUCAAUAGGAGGAUUAUCUUUUAUAUCGCAGUCGCUGCCGCCUACUCCGGAAAUUUCAUUCUCAUAUGUGGAAGACGAAAGAAUCGAUCGACUUGAUUUCUAUUUAGUCGAAUUCGAGCGACACGCUUACAGAAAAUACAUCGAGGAUGUAUUAAAAACGAGAGGCCUUAGAAAAAGUCUAAAUUUUCUGGAUCGAUUACAUACAUCUAUCUUGAGAAAAGCGAGAUUAACUUUGGAAAAAAAUGACUGCGAAGGAUGCGAUAGCAAUGCGAAUGAAGAAUACGAAGGUGACAAAGAGCUACGACGAUAUGGCACUUGGAGUCCCGAAGCAAAGGAGUUAAAUUUGCCAUCGUAUAGGGCAGCUUUCAUGUUUCUCUCACGUGUACCGUUGGACGUGGUUCACGAAUUUCUAAGAAUGAGAUUAGAACAGAAGCCGGAGCAACCGAGUCCGUUGUCGGUCCGACAGCUCAUGCGAGAGCUUCGAGAGGGUCUCAGGAUCGCUUGUAUUCAUCGCGACCGGUUCGCUGCGCACUCUCGCGCUGCCGUCGCCAGCGACGAAACCGGUUGCGAGAGUCUGUUCGAGGAAGACGUCAAGUAUUUCGAUGAGAGCUUAAAAGCCGUGUUUGAAGUCUAUCUAGAUUAUCUUCAACAGUGGGUAGACAUGGUGCAGCACGAUAGCUUUCAUAAGAAUCUGAUCAUGGAUGAGUGGUUGUUUGUUAAGUCCAUUGCUGGAAACAUAAGUGAUGGAUACAAGAUUGCUGGUAUGAAAUUCUACGAAAUUGCACGUACGAUGAUCAAGCAAGUUAAUGAAUUUCUCACUGAACGGACUCGCGAGAUCUGCGAAAAUUUGGAAGAAAAGGAGGACGACGAAUUGUCAUGCAAUGAAACACAAUUCAGAUUCCAUUUGUUUGUGGGCCGCGAGUGGCAGGGAAUGUUUGUAGAAGCUCGGGAAAAAAUCGUGAAGAGCAUCAAUCUUGCCAAAUGCUUGAAACGCGAUAUCGAGAAAUGGCCAGUAAUUGAUCAGAAAUUAGAGGAAUCAUUGAAACUGUUGAAGAAUACAGUUCUAGCUUUAAGGCAUCGCAUAACAGUAGUGAUCGAGGAUUUUCAAAAAAAUGUCGAUGAAGUGGAACAAUUGAACACCGAGAACGAUCAAACACCUUUACGUUCGAGAAUCCGCGAGAUUCUUCAUCAAGCUUACAGAAUGGGCUUCGAAUUUCACAAGGAGAUGUGCAAAUUGUUCUCGCUAGAAGAAAAGGCCAUUUUAGCACGGGGUCUAGUAUCAUUCGCGUUGUUAUGGAUGGAAUUCGUAAGGACGCGAUGUGAGCGUGGCCGCGGCUUAAGACCCAGAUGGGCGAACCAAGGUCUGGAGUUCUUGAUAACGGUGUGCGAACCUCAAAACACGAAACAUCUCACCGAUCAAGAGUUUGAAGAGUUGAAGACAUGCAUGGAUCAUUGCAUAUCUCAUGUGGUGGGAACAGUAUCUGUUGUAGGAUCGACGCCGGAGACAGAAAAUUUAAGAAGACUGUCGCGAUCAAGAGCUUCAUCGCCGAGUCAUGGUCGUACUAGAACCACGAGCAUGAGUCUUCCUCAAAAACCACGGGAAGCUUUGAAGUCACCCGACUUAUUGGUUAAUGCGAAAAAAUAUAUCUCAUCGAGCAUGGUUGACGGUAACCUUUUAAUAGUAAACACAUCCGAACAGGGCAUGCAGAGGCAUGAGAGAGUCAUUCGUGCGAUCCAAAAAACGGAGAGUGAUCUCGAUGAAAGAUUAAGGAGUCGAGAGCUCAUCGGACAAGUCACUGACAGAAAAGGAGUCGAUAGAGUUCAUAUCAAGAUGCGAAGAGUUACAUUCACGUGGCAGAGAGGUAUUAAGAUAGGCCAAGGAAGAUUCGGUAAAGUGUACACAGUAGUGAACAAUCAAACAGGUGAACUGUUAGCCAUGAAAGAAGUGCAGUUACAACCUGGCGAUCACAGAGCGAUCAGGCGUGUUGCUGAGGAAUUACAGAUAUUCGAGGGAAUCCAGCAUCAACAUUUAGUGCGAUAUUACGGACUGGAAAUUCAGCGUGAAGAGAUGUUGAUCUUUAUGGAAUUCUGUGCGGAAGGAACUCUUGAGAGUUUGGUGGCUGGUAGUGGCAACGGAUUGCCAGAAUCUUUGGUCAGGAAAUAUACUCAUCAACUCCUUUCGGCUGUAGCAGCGCUGCAUUCUCAUGGGAUAGUUCAUCGAGAUAUUAAAACUGCGAAUAUCUUUUUAACGAAUGAAGGCAAUUGCCUGAAACUCGGUGACUUUGGUAGCGCGGUGCAGAUUAAAGCGCAUACAACGAUGCCUGGGGAACUCCAAGGUUUUGUCGGCACUCAAGCUUAUAUGGCACCGGAAGUAUUUAUGAAGUCCGAAAGCAGUGGACAUGGCAGAGCUGUCGAUAUUUGGUCAGUUGGUUGCUGCAUCAUUGAAAUGGCGAGCGGACGACGGCCGUGGUCGGAUUAUGAUUCGAAUUAUCAAAUUAUGUUUAAGGUUGGAAUGGGAGAAACACCAGCACUUCCUAAGAAUCUUUCUGUAGAAGGCAUAGAUCUAGUAAAGAAAUGCCUGCAGCAUGAUCCAAAGAAAAGAUCGACUGCGAAUAUACUUCUUACACAUUCUUUUGCACUAGGAGAGUACGAAGACGUCAACGCUGACUUAACGAUGUUAAGGGUAUUAAGAGUAUUCAGGAAAGUGGAAUAACUUGGUCUUUGCGAAAAUGUAAAACUGGCAUAUGUACUUCAUUGGUAAAAUUGUUUCACAAGACAUAUAACAUAUUAUAUGUUGGUUAUAUUUUUUAUUUGCAUUUUUCAUAGAUUUAGCUAUUAAUAUAUAUUUUAAUGAGACUUUGUUAAAAGUAUAUAGUAUUUAUGGCAGACUAUAUAAAGAAAUGGCAAUUGUAUUUGAGAAUACUUUAACCAUUGAUCAGAUAUCGGAUCAGUAUAUAAUACAUAAGUACUAUUGUGAUCAUAUAAUUUA